CUUUGUCCUCCCCAUUCGAUCCUGCACAUCACAGAUAUCUCUCUCUCCGAUGGCACAACCUUUGGGUGGUUCAGUUCUUGCAGUGCUCUUCUUGCUUGCCUGCUCCGCCAUGGCGAUGGCGGCCUACAACGUGGUGGACUUCGGCGCGAAGCCGGACGGGCAAACCGACUCGGCCAAGGCGUUUCUGGCUGCUUGGGAGGCCACCUGCGGGGCGAGAAAGCCGGCGACGAUGGUCGUUCCGGCCGGCAGGUUCCUGGUGAGCCAGGCUCUCUUUAAGGGCCCCUGCAAGAACGCCGGCAUGAAGAUGGUCAUCCAGGGGACCCUCGUGGCUCCUCCUGGUUACAGCGACAUCACGCAGUGGAUUACGUUGAAGUACGUCGAAGGUUUGUCCGUCUAUGGCGGAACGCUGGAUGGGCGAGGGCAGGCGUUAUGGGCCUGCAAGAAGGCUCGCCGGAGCUGCCCCUACGGUGCUACGUCAUUGACCAUCGGUCAGUCGAAAAACAUCCUGUUGAGCGGCAUACGUCUGCUCAACAGCGAGGUCUUUCAGAUGUCCAUCUUCUCCAGCACUGGCGUCACAGUGCGGGGUGCAACGAUCACUGCCCCCGGGGACAGCCCCAACACCGAUGGCAUCCACGUCCAGAUGUCCAGCUCCGUCACGAUCAGAGGAUCCACGAUGAGGACCGGCGACGACUGCAUCUCCCUGGGACCUGGAUCGGCCCACGUCUGGAUCGAGAACAUAAAAUGCGGCCCUGGGCAUGGCAUCAGCAUCGGGAGCCUGGGCAACGCGGCGCAGGAGGCCGGAGUGCAGAACAUAACGGUGAGGUCCGUCGCGUUCACGGGAACGCAAAACGGGCUACGGAUCAAGACUUGGGGGAGGCCGAGCAACGGGUACGUGAAGGGGAUCACCUUCGAGCACGCCGUCAUGAGUAACGUCCAGAAUCCUAUCGUCGUCGACCAGAACUACUGCCCCAGCAACAUCAACUGUCCCGGCCAGAGCUCCGGAAUCAAGAUCAGCCAGGUGAACUUCCACGACGUUCGGGGCUCUUCGGCAACGCAGGUGGCGAUGAAGCUGGACUGCAGCCCGAGCAACCCAUGUAGUGAGGUCUCGUUGAAGGACAUCAAGCUCACUUACCGGAACAAGCAGGCGCAGUCCUACUGCAGGAACGUGAAGGGAACAGCCUCGGGGGUCAUGAACCCACCCAGUUGCCUCUGAGCCAUGGCACCAUGCCAGGAGUUGCAUGCAACCAGCAUACGUGCAUUGUACUUUAAGGUCGUCGUCUCCGGCUGAUAUGUCCUGCGAGCACCGGAGUUCCGGUGAGGGGAGCUUGGCAUGCAGUUCUCGAGAGACCAAAACUAUGUCUUGUAAUCAUGUUGUUGUAAUCUGGUACGGUAGUAAUUUGGCAUUGAUGUGAGAACGACUCCGCAGUGAAGCAUACUUUUAGCUGUGUAUUACAGCAGUUGUAUUGAUUUAUGAUAUAAGAAAGAUGUUUCGGUGUCUCA